AUGAAGAACCUUCUGCUCAUCGCGCUGGCAAGUGUUGUCUCGGCCCAUACCAUUUUUCAGAAAGUCUCUGUCAACGGUGUGGAACAGGGUCAACUGAAGGGCGUCCGCGCCCCAGAUUCUGACUACCCUAUCACAAAUGUCAACGACGCGGCUUUCGCUUGCAACAAAGACAUCAAGCAUACAGAUAGCACUGUGAUAAGCAUUCCGGCUGGAGCAAAAGUCGGCGCAUGGUGGGGACACGUUAUAGGUGGGAAGCAGGGUGCUAACGAUCCCGAUAAUCCUAUUGCUGCGAGCCACAAAGGGCCGAUACAAUACUACCUUGCCAAGGUAGACAAUGCCGCAACUACUGGUACCACGGGCCUUCAAUGGUUCAAGGUUGCACAAGACGGUCUGAGUAACGGAAAAUGGGCUGUGGACACCAUGAUUGCGAACGGAGGUUGGCAUUACUUCAACAUGCCUACUUGCGUUGCUCCGGGCGACUAUUUGCUGCGUGUCGAGCUCAUCGCCCUCCACAGCGCUUCGACCCAAGGCGGCGCCCAAUUCUACAUGGAAUGCGCACAGAUCCGCGUCUCGGGUAGUGGCACAAACAAGGGCUCCAACUUCGUCUCUUUCCCUGGUGCUUACAAAGCCAACGACCCCGGUAUCCAAAUCAGUAUCUAUGACACCACUGGGAAGCCCUACAUGGGUGGCAAGGCCUAUUCCAUUCCAGGGCCUGCGCCGUUAACCUGUGCGGCUGGGCAAGAUGGUGGCAGUGGCUCCACACCAGCUCCAGCACCAGAAGCGCCGGCUACGGGAGCCGCACUAUACGCGCAGUGUGGUGGCACCACAUGGACUGGUCCAACAACCUGUGCGCAAGGGACAUGUAAAGUAAGCAGCGAGCAUUACUCACAAUGCGUGCCGUAGCAUGUCCGCCGAGAUGCUGUAAUGUAUGCAGUUGUACUGCGACCGGAUAAUGAAGGCAUUUCGGAAUACUACUCAUAUCUUAAUCAUUUCUACCCAUCAAGUCUCGCGACUACGACAUCUUCGCACAUGCCUUUCGAAAUUAUCCCUACGCGUAAACUUCUUUUCGGGAAUUGCACACGUGGGAUUUGGACAAUAAAACGUUUGCGUUGCGUACAUGUCCUUAUGAACGCCGCGCUCAUGUCUUUUAAGAUCAGCUUUAAGUGCGAAAGCUGAAUCGCAAUGCCUGCAUCGAUACCGCCGUCGGUGCUUGCGGUUCAAGUGUACA